AUGUCUGAAAGAAUAAUAGCGCACAGUUUAAAUGAAAAACCGAGAACGGAUGACGUCAUAUUAGAUGAUGAAAUUUAUUUUAAAGAUCUUCUCCUUUCGGAUUUGACUUUCAAAGGUCUCGAAUCGUGCGGGUUCAGAAAACCUUCUCCGGUUCAAAGGAAAGCAAUACCGCUCGGAAGAUGCGGUUUCGAUCUCAUAGUACAGGCGAAAUCUGGAACUGGAAAAACUUGCGUUUUCACAAUCGUCGCACUGGAAAUGAUGGAUUCCGAUUCGGAUAAUUUGCAAGUUUUGAUUUUGAGUCCCACGAGAGAAAUUUCCGUUCAGAUAAAAGACGUGAUAUCGGCCAUUGGUAAAAAUUUCAAAAAUUUAAAAGUUUCCGCUUUCAUAGGAGGCAUGCCUCUCGUCACGGAUAAGAAAAAUAUAAAAAAAUGUCAAAUAGCCGUCGGCGCACCAGGAAGAGUCAAACACCUCAUCGAAGAAGGUUCGAUGAAAGUCGAUUCCAUCAGGUUGUUUGUUUUAGACGAAGCCGAUAAACUCAUGGAGGAAAGUUUCAGGAAUGAUAUUAGCUUUAUUUAUUUGCAACUGCCAAAGGAAAAACAAAUGAUAGCAACGAGCGCGACUUUUCCACCCGCGCUAAAUGAAUUCGUCACUCGUUUCAUGAUAAGUCCGAUAAGGAUCAGCGUGGGUGACGUUUUUCUAAAAGGUAUACGACAGUUCGUAUCGAUAAUACCUCAUCAUCUCAACCUUUUGAACAAGAUUCAGAAUAAGGUAUCGGAGGUCGUAAGGAUACUGGAUAAAGUGUCAUUCAAACAAUGUUUGAUAUUUUCCAAUUAUCAAAGCCGAGCGGAAAGCCUUUGCACUCAAUUGAAACAAAAGGGUUGGGAAACGGUUUGCAUCAGCGGUUCACAAAGUCAAACGUCACGAUUGAAAACAAUAGAAUGCCUGAAAGAAUUUCGUUGUCGGAUUUUGGUGUCGACGGAUUUGACGUCGAGAGGAAUCGAUGCGGAAAAUGUUAAUUUGAUAAUAAAUUUGGAUUUGCCAUACGACGGUUCGACUUACAUGCACAGAAUAGGGAGAGCCGGGCGUUUUGGAACUCAGGGCGUAGCCGUGACGAUCGUUCAAAACGGUUCGGAAUGCCAAGAAUUUCAAAAAAUGCUCUAUCAAAUCGGCGGACGAAAUUUUUCCGUUUUCAUUUUCCCAAAAGAGGGAGACGACGUUUUGGAAAAUUUGAACAAGGCAAAAGAUAAAAAUUUCAAAAAACUCGAGAGUCUAGAGGGAGAAUACAAAUUUAUUUCUCUGAAUAAGAAAAUUUUCGAAGAGACGACGAAAAAGGGAGAUGGAGGCCGGAGUGAAAAUUUGAAGGAAGACAAAAAUGAAACCCAAACGGAAACAAAAAUGUCGAAUUCAAACGAAGAUGUAUCGAACCUGAUUAAUUUUUGUUUUAAAACCUUUCUCGUCGUCGACGACAAACCUAAACUCAGGAACAUUAACGAAUUAAAGGAAAGCAAAGAAAAGUAUUUAGCUCAAGAAAAAGAUAAAGAAAUGAGAAAUGAUACCGAGGAUGUUGUUGUGAAAAACGUGUCACAAGAUCACGUGGAUUUGUUUCAUUCGUGUUAUUUGAGUAAUUGGAAAAAAUACGAAAAAGAUUUGGAAAUGUCGAUGAAAAUAUUAACGACGAGAAUUUUAUCAUCGCGAGAACAUGCGGAAACGGAAACGAAAACGUCUCCGAGGAAAAUGAUAAAGAAAUCGAUGAUUUCCUCGAUAAUGAUGAAUUAA